CAUUUGAAGCAACCGCUCACAGCGCACAAAAAUUGCGAAAAAAAUACAAGUAUUUUAUUUUUUAUACGGGAUGGUGCUAAAUAAGCGUUGCAGCAAAAAACUGAUUCUUUAUUAGGAAGGAAACACUUUUUAAAUUUGAUUGUUUCAUAAGUACGACAUUUUUAACUCAACUAAGUAUAAUACUUAACAGCAUCUCCGUAUAUAAUGUACACAGGUUUUCGAGGUUUCAACUUAAGCGGCCCUUCAACAUCAACGGCAAAUCAGUUUCGUGCCCAGGAACCUGGUUUUGGAAAUUUGAGCUCACAAGGCAAUUCAACACCGGAUGCAGAUCAGUCCAGGGCCCCGCAGCAUGGUUUUGGAAGUUUGAGCUCACAAGGCAAUUCAACACUGGAUGCAGAUCAGUCCAGGGCCCCGGAGCCUGGUUUUCGAGGCUUCAACUUAAGCGGCCCUUCAACAUCAAAGGCAAUUCGCUUUAGGUUCCUGCAACUUGGUUUUGGAAAUUUGAGCUCACAAGGCAAUUCAACACCGGAUGCAGAUCAGUCCAGGGCCCCGGAGCCUGGUUUUCGAGGUUUCAACUUAAGCGGCCCUUCAACAUCAGAGGCAAAUCAGUUUAGGGCCCCGGAAUAUGUUUACGGGUCUGAAAUGGUGAAUGAAUGA